UGGCCUAUUUCACGAUUUUGGUUGUUGAAAUAACGGCAGAAGCACCGACCAUAAUACAAACCUUUGCAAGUGUGGAUAAGCUUCCUGUACCUGCGAUUUUAAGUUCAUUCAAAGGCUCAUGUGACAAAUAUUUGACAAAAAUACAAUUUAUUGACUCAUUAAAUGUGUCUGUGAUUUAUUUUAUGGCAAAUGAUAUUUCUUUGAUGCCAACGGGUACAGGAUUUAUACGAAUAAGCAUGAAUUCUAGUCAAUAUAAUGAUUUUUCUUAUUAUAAUGAUGGGCUUCCAUUUGUACAUACAUAUGUUACUGAUAUUGAGUCCAGUCCAAUACAUCCUGUAAAUGGGCAAAUAGAUCAAACAGGAUUAACGCAACUUUAUAAUUCUAAUAAUAUUAGUGCUUUAUAUACCAAUAUUCUAAUGGCAAAUAAUCAAGAACAAAUUGUUUUUUUUACGCGACGCAUUCGAAAUAUAAUAUCACCACGAUUUAAAGACCUUUUAGGAUUUGCCCCAACGUUGAUUAGUAGUUCGUAUGUUGAUCCUGUUAUACAAUCGGUGCCUUUGCCUAACUCUAAUAAUACAGGAGGAUAUACAUCUGUGCUUCAAAUAUGUCCACAAAAUUAUGUAGUUAAUGUACUAACUGAACAAAGAACAAGAACUUUAUUAAGUACUUUCGGAUUGAUCGGAAGUUUAUGGACUAUUGCUGUAGGGAUAUAUAUUUUUCUAUUCGGUAUCGAUAAACUUAGUCCAUUUGGCUGUGUACAAAGUUGUCCAUGUUUUCGUUCUAAAGCUCGUAAAAAAUUAAAAGAUGCUUUAGAAGUGAUUCCUUUUACAAGCAGUUCUAAAGCUGAACAAUUGCAAGAUAGGCUUAAUGCUUUAGAAUUAUUUUUAAGUGAACGUAUAUUUGAUAUUGAAUACUUGGAAGACUUGGAAAAUGUUUAUAAACAAGAAAAUAAUGACAAAAAAUGA